AUGGCCACGGCCGCCGCCGACGCCGCCGCCGCCGUCCCUGACGCCCGGAGGUGGAGCAAGGCCGGCCCUUCGUCGCCGGUCACCACCGCCAUCUUCCUCUUCUUCUUCGUCGUCGUGGUCGGCGUCCUCGUCUCCGCCCGUUGGAUCACCACCACCACUCAUCUGGCAAUCACCAAUCUGGAUCAGUGGCGCACACAGCCGGCAAUCCUGACGGCCACGCUUACCACCUCCAUCCCCGCCAUCCCGGCCGGCCCGCCGCCGCCGCGCCCCACCUACUCCCUCUCCUGCUCGGCGCCGCCGCUCACCCGCGACCCCGACAUCCCCAGCAACAUCUCCCAGACCCUCUCCCUCGCGCUCUCCUCCAACGCCACCUGCGCCUCCGUCCCCGACCCCCAGCCGAUCCCCCCCGCCGCCGCCGCCGACGCCGACGCCAACGCCACCUGCCCCACCUACUUCCGCUUCAUCCACGAGGACCUCCACCCAUGGCGCGCGGUGGGGGGCAUCACGCGCGCGAUGCUCGACCGCGCGCGCGCCACCGCCAACUUCCGCCUCGUCGUGCUCCGCGGCCGGGCCUACAUCGAGCGCAUCGCGCCGGCCUUCCAGACGCGCGACCUCUUCACCAUUUGGGGCAUCCUCCAGCUGCUCCGCCGCUACCCUGGCCGCGUCCCCGACCUCGACCUCAUGUUCGACUGCGUGGACUGGCCGGUUGUCCACGCCGACGAGUACCAGGGGGACAACGCCACCGCCAUGCCGCCGCUUUUCCGCUACUGCGGCGACAACGAGACGCUCGACGUAGUCUUCCCGGACUGGUCCUUCUGGGGCUGGGCCGAGAUAAAUAUAAAGCCGUGGGAUGCACUGCAGAAGGAUUUGAAUGAAGGCAAUAAGAAGGUGAGAUGGAUAGAUAGAGAACCUUAUGCUUACUGGAAAGGGAAUCCAGACGUCGCAGCUAUAAGGCAAGAGCUGGUUAAGUGUAAUGUGUCCAGUGAACAAGAAUGGAAUGCACGGAUUUUCAAACAGGAUUGGAUCAAAGAAAGCAAGGCAGGAUACAAGAAAUCAAAUUUGGCCAGUCAAUGCACCCAUAGGUACAAGAUCUACAUUGAAGGAUCAGCAUGGUCAGUCAGUGAGAAGUAUAUCCUAGCUUGUGAUUCCAUGACGCUGGUGAUUAAACCAAAAUACUACGAUUUCUUCUCAAGGGUGCUGAUGCCCACUCAGCAUUAUUGGCCAGUUCGAGAUGACAAUAAGUGUGGCUCCAUAAAGUAUGCUGUUGACUGGGGAAAUUCUCACAAGAAAAAGGCACAUCAAAUAGGAAAGAAGGCAAGCAAGUUCAUUCAACAAGAACUUAGUAUGGACUAUAUAUACGAUUACAUGUUUCACCUCUUAACUGAGUAUGCUAAGCUCCUAAGAUUCAAGCCAACCAAGCCACCUGAAGCUGUUGAGGUCUGUCCCGAAUCUUUGGCCUGCCAAGCCAUAGGUCGGGAGAAGAAGUUUAUGCAAGACUCCAUGGUGAAGUCUGCUAACGUUGCAGGCCCAUGCAAUCUGCCUCCUCCCUUCAGCCCUGAGGAAUACAAAAAGCUACAACAGAGGAAAGAAAAGUCAAUUAAACAGGUCGAAACGUUGGAUCAAAAUGCUUCAAAGCUCGAGGAGCGAAAUUCUUCAAAACCUGAGGAUAGCAAUCCCGGGGAACGAAAUGCUUCAAAACCUGAGGAUAGCAAUCCCGAGGAGCGAAAUGCUUCAAAGCCCGAGGAGCAAAAUGCUUCAAAACCUGAGGAUAGCAAUCCCAAGGAGCGAAAUGCUUCAAAGCCCGAGGAGCGAAAUGCUGCAAAGCCCGAGGAGUGA